GUACCUGCAUCGCCUCGUCACGUCCUUGGAGACACCGACUAUAGAACCAGAAAUUCCAUCUUGAGAUCCGAGUCAGGCCACCACACCGGAGAGCAUUCCGAACAGGUUUGGACCAGGCUGUUCGAAUCACAGUAGAUCGAAUCUCUGCCUCAGCGUCGCGGAUAUUGAACAUCCAGCCAUUUAUGUUGAGUGAGAGGUGAACCCAAUCUGCCAUAUCCGAGUGCUCCGAAACACGGUCAUUUCAGUGCAGGUUCAGCUUGUGUCCUGUUCUGCCGCGCAGCGCUGUGCUGCAUUCGGAUUGCCAUGAGCGAUUUUCCAAGCAAUGGAGCAGUCAAUCAGUAAGUGGGCGAUGUUAUGUUUCCGAAGAUAGGGGUGGGUGGGUUCGUCUUGACAUGUGAAAGUGAAUCUCACAACAACAAUGUACAUGUGCUUUUUGGACACCCAAAGUCAAGUCGGAAAAAGAGGCCCUUGCAUGUCAUAUCGAGCAUCACUGAACCUUGUCCCUUACCCUACUGUACCUUGUCGUCCGGGAGUUCCAACACUGGCAAGGUGAGUGGGCCAGAACUUACCUGUCCUGUCCCGAAGUCGUGGUAUUCUGGAGCGACUAUACAACUGUUAGUUACUCUUCUACCAGUUACAGUGGACACGGGGUUUCCCUUCAGGCCGCUACAAUAUUCUGGAUGAAGAUAAACGUCAGCGUUACUUCAGUACUUUCUUGACACCAUAUUUUAUCCGCCAUCCAUCUACUGCCCCUGGAUUACCAACAGAAAACAGGCCAUCCUUUCUGACCGUGAAUCAAGCGGUCAAUCAACCAGCCGUCAACAACCGACUCCCUACAGUCUAUUCACUUAUCUGCUAAGCCUUACCGACCACAUCGACUGGGAAUACUUUACCCCUACUCUAUCAUAUACCACACUACCCAACACAACACCACACCACAGCGAUCAAAGUCUAAUUCACCACCACCACCUCAAUUCGAAAGUACAACGGACCAAACCAAACCUCCAACAUCGAUUAAGUGAAGUUCAAACAGCCGACAAGCUCACACACGCAUUGAGCAGGUGUAGUUAGCCAAGCCACAAAAGAACAAAGAACAUCACUAUCACUAUACUGAACCUAGGUGGUCCAUUCUAUUCCACUGCGGAAUCAUCAUGGGAUUUUCAUCCGCAUUAUUCGCCGCUGCCCAACCAACCCCAACACCAGCAGCAGAACCAACCACGACCGAAUCAUCAUCAUCACUACGGUCCGAGGACACACACGACGAUGGCCAUGGUAAUGCCACGACGUCUCCAGACAAGUCCGCCGGCGCCGGCAAGUAUAAUGCCUACACCUACAUCUACCCCUGGCUCGGACCCGACUAUACAAACGGCAACAUCAGUUUCGAGACGCAAUUCCAGGACUGGGAGAUUGAAAACCCAGCCAUAGCACUACAGGAGAUGUUGGGCGAGAGAGUGAGAGUUCGAGGGAGAGUCAGAGGCCUGAGACGGUUUGUCGGUGCCAUAUUUGACAGUCGGACCGACCGAAUGUCAAAGCGAUGAGUCGAGGACGGACAACAAGGAGUAUAUUGGGUUUUGCUAAUGUUUCUCUGGUGAUUUAUUUAUGGAUCGGAAGACCAAUAAGAGAAAUGAAAGUCUAUUAUCUUUUCAAACACAGUGCACCGUCCCAUUCAUGCAUGGAUCAUAUCAGAUCAUCGCACUCUCACUCCUUGCUCAUCACCUGGCGGCCAUAAAUAAAAGUGACGAGCAAUAAUGAAUUACAUUAGAAAUAAAUGUACAGUACAGUACAGUAAUACGUCCGAAUCCAAGAUCUUGGAAAACCAAUCACCCAUCUCAACACGAA